AUGAGCACCCAGCUCGCGCAGAGAGUGGACCCGGAUGCCAAGGCCGCCCCGAAGCCAGCCGAUGUGAAGGAUGUGAAGCCCGUGAAGGCUUCAAAGCCGCGCAUCGACUGUAUUGAUGGGUGCCGCUUCGCGCUGGUCUUCCCCAUCGUGGUGGCGCACUUUGCCCGGUUCAGCACCAGCAAUUUGACGGCGCUGAAGCUUCUCACCCAAGAGAAUGUCCUGGUGGGUGGUUUCUUCGUGAUCAGCGGAUAUGUCUCAGCCUACACCACCACCAAGCUGGGCGCCUUGGGAGUGGAGGAGAAGAAGGUGGCGAAUCCGGAGCUCUUCUUUUGGCAGAGGGUGAUGGCUUACUACCCACUGCAUUUCGUAUCUUCCGCCCUGUUCGCGCCCAUGUUCAUCUGGGUGGAGAGGAACUUCAAUGCCACAUGGAAGAUGAUUGCCUUCCGAGCCUUCUUGAACUUCAGCAUGUUGCAAGCAUGGUUCCCCAAGGAAGCAGAGAUUUGGAAUCAGCCCACCUGGUUCUUGUCAGCGCUCACCUUCUCGAAUCUCACCAUGCCCACCUUUGUCUUGCCACAAGUGGCGCAACUGACCAAGAACGGCUUGCAGAAGCUCUUGUUUGCUCUCACUGGCAUCUCCUUGUUGCAGAAGGUGUCCUACUCUGAGACUUCUCGCUUCCACAGCCAUUUUGAGCAUCCAGUGGAUGGAAAGGUGAUGCAUCCCUUGAUCUGGAACCUCACCCGUUUCCAUCCUUUCUGGGCUCUCUGUGAGAUGACCAUGGGCAUUGUUGCGGCUCGACAUGUGAUGCUGGACACUGAGGAGGAGAAAAAGAUGCAGCCGGCCAAUCCUUUGUGGCUCUUCCUGGCUGCCUACUCCUCCUUGCUCCUAAGGCUGACGAAGUUCGACUUCAACGACGCCAUCAUCCGCGGCGUGCUCUUCAUGCCGCUCUUCACGGAGUUCCUCACCGCCAUCCAUCGCGACGCCUUGAGCGCCAAGCCCUCGGCCAUCACCAAGUUCUUCGGCAGCAAGACCAUGGCGAACCUGGGCUCCAUCGCUUUCCCCAUGUUCAUCGUUCAUGGCCCAGUGGGGCAGAUCUUCUACAAGAAGGCAAUUGCCAAGAAGAUUUGGGGAAAGCCCAUGCCGCAUGCCUUUUUCCCGUUCUAUUUGGCCAUUGUCCUUGGCAUCAGCCAUCUGGUGAACGAGCACUUCGUGAAGAACAAGAAGGUGGGUGCCAUUGCCGGCAAGGUGGCCCAAACCUUAGCUGCCGCAGCACCGAGCAGCAUGAGCACCCAAGCGCAGAGAGUGGACCCGGAUGCCAAGGCCGCCCCGAAGCCAGCCGAUGUGAAGGAUGUGAAGCCCGUGAAGGCUUCAAAGCCGCGAAUCGACUGUAUUGAUGGGUGCCGCUUCGCACUGGUCUUCCCCAUCGUGGUGGCGCACUUUGCCCGGUUCAGCACCAGCAAUUUGACGGCGCUGAAGCUUCUCACCCAAGAGAAUGUCCUGGUGGGUGGUUUCUUCGUGAUCAGCGGAUAUGUCUCAGCCUACACCACCACCAAGCUGGGCGCCUUGGGAGUGGAGGAGAAGAAGGUGGCGAAUCCGGAGCUCUUCUUUUGGCAGAGGGUGAUGGCUUACUACCCAUUGCAUUUCGUAUCUUCCGCCCUGUUCGCGCCCAUGUUCAUCUGGGUGGAGAGGAACUUCAAUGCCACAUGGAAGAUGAUUGCCUUCCGAGCCUUCUUGAACUUCAGCAUGUUGCAAGCAUGGUUCCCCAAGGAAGCAGAGAUUUGGAAUCAGCCCACCUGGUUCUUGUCAGCGCUCACCUUCUCGAACCUCACCAUGCCCACCUUUGUCUUGCCACAAGUGGCGCAACUGACCAAGAACGGCUUGCAGAAGCUUUUCUUCGCUCUCACGGGCAUCUCCUUGUUGCAGAAGGUGUCCUACUCGGAAACCGCACGCUUUCACAGCCACCAUGAACACCCGGUGGAUGGAAAGGUAAUGCAUCCCUUGAUUUGGAACCUCACCCGUUUCCAUCCCUUCUGGGCUCUCAUGGAGAUGACCAUGGGCAUUGUCGCGGCUCGACAUGUGAUGCUGGAUACUGAGGAGGAGAAGAAGAAGCCCCAAUCGAAUCUUCGGCAGAAUCCCUUGUGGCUCUUCCUGGCGGCCUAUGCCUCCCUCGGGCUCCGGCUCACCACGUUCGACUUCAACGAUGCCAUCGUCCGUGGAGUGCUCUUCGUGCCAAUCUUCACCAAGUUCCUCACAGCAAUGCAUCGAGACGCUCUCUCUGCUCAGCCUUCGGCCAUCACCAGGUUCUUCGGAUGCAAGACCAUGGCCACCUUGGGCUCCAUCGCUUUCCCCAUGUUCAUCGUUCAUGGCCCAGUGGGGCAGAUCUUCUACAAGAAGGCAAUUGCCAAGAAGAUUUGGGGAAAGCCCAUGCCGCAUGCCUUUUUUCCCGUUCUAUUUGGCCAUUGUCCUUGGCAUCAGCCAUCUUGUGAACGAGCACUUCGUGAAGAACAAGAAGGUGGGUGCCAUUGCCGGCAAGGUGGCCCAAACCUUAGCUGGUUGGACGGAGGGUAUGUUGCGUGA